AUGAUUCCAUCUGCCACGAUCGAAAAUCUGGGGAUACUGCUUGCAGUCUGUUAUGGCGGUUGGAUUCUCUAUGCUAGGUGGCUCCAUCCCUUGGCCAGAUUCCCUGGACCUCCGUUGGCCUCAAUUUCCCGACUAUGGGUCGUCCUGCACGUUGCCCGUGGCAAGACAGUGCUUGAGCAAAAGGAGCUGCAUCGCAGAUACGGGCCUAUUGUUCGCAUAGCACCAAACGAGCUCAUCAUGAAUGACGCCCGAUCCUUGAAGGCUAUAUACAGUGCCAAUUCGGGGUCUGAAAAGACCGACUUCUACUUGGCUUUUCCACGAUAUCCAGACCAUUUCUCAGCUACCGACGAACAGCUGCAUGCCCGCAGGCGACGAAUCGUGAACCAUGCCUACUCAAUGUCAAACGUGCUCCAGGCAGAGAGGUACGUAGAUAAGUGCACCGAUGUUCUACUCGAGCGCUUCGCGGAGCUCGCCCAGCAAGGGGCGACGGUCGAUUUCUUCCGGUGGGCUCGAAUGUAUGCAUACGAUGCAGUCGGGGAGUUUUACUUCGGUCGAAUGUUCGGGUUCCUCCAGAAUGGACACGACCACCUGGGCUACCUAGCAGCCACCGACGUCCUCAUUCCCGCCAUGGCCCUCGCUGGUGUCAUGCCGUCUUAUAUCCGUCCGAUCUUCAUGCUCGUGGGGUUCAUGUCCGGCCGGAUAAGAAAAGCCUUCGGGGCGCUGGAACACCUCACAAAAGCAGCCGAUACGGUGGUCGAAGACCGCAUAAGUGAAGCGAAGAAGGCAGAAGGACGUCCUGGCCAUCCCGACAUUCUCACGCGGAUCUUCGAUAUCUAUCAUGACAAAGGAAAGUCCCUUGAUUUUGAGGUAACGGAUGUGAAGAUGGAGGCUUUCCUUGCCUUCUUCGGUGGGAGCGAUACUACGGCUAUCACAAUGGCGACUACCAUGUUCCACAUCGUCAAAGAUCGGCGGAUCUAUCGGGCUGUGCUCGAGGAAAUCGACACGGCGACUGCCAAGGGAGAAUUGGGGGCUUCGCAUAUCGCCUACAACGAGGCUCUGAAACUACCCUUUCUGAGCGCAUGUAUCAAAGAGGGCAUGCGGGUUCAUCCAACCACAGCGCUGCCACUGCCCCGUCAAACGGCCAACGAAGAACGACUGGUAUCUGGCCACAAGAUCCCCGGCAGCACGCGGAUUGGUGCGAAUGCGCCUAUUGUGCAAUCGGACCCAGCUGUGUUCGGGGAGGAUGCCGACGAGUUCUGUCCAGAACGGUGGAUGCGUCCGGGGGCUGAUCGACUGGGACAAUAUAUUCUGCAUUUCGGUGCAGGGUCUAGAACCUGCCUGGGAAAGCAUAUGGCAAUGUGCGAGUUAUACAAAGUCAUACCACAGAUCCUCCGGUCGUUCUAUCUAGAGCUUGCUUCACCAUCCGAAACCCGCCUUGAAACCAAAGACUAUUGGUUCUACAAACCCACCGCCGUCAAGCUGAAGGUGCAGCGGCGAGAGAUUCGACGACCAAACUAG